AUGGGGCAGCAGGUCUCGCUUCCGGCCGCGGUGACGCAGCCGCCGGGCGAGCGCGCGCAGCUCCGGCCGCUCCAGGCGCCCUACGUGCCGCUGUGCGACGUGCCCAAGGCCGGCGACUCGGGCGUAGCCGUGACGUCUGCAGCCGCUGAGGAUGCAAAGGACGCCAUGGACAAGAUCCUUGAGUUUAGCGCCGCGCUGCGCUACCUCCCUGAAGAGAGCGAAGUGUCGGGGCGCCUGCACACACGCAGCCCCGAGCAGCAGCUGAAGGAGCUCAUGAGCUCCGUCGACUCGGUGGACGAGCUGUUCCAGCACAUAUCGCAGCUGGCUGGGCUGCCGGCUCAAGACGCACAGGACGGCAAAUGGGACGUGGUGGAAACGAUGCCCGGUAUCUUCGACGCUCGAGUGGCGGGCUACGUGAAGAACCUGCAGACUCUGUACCAGAUGACGAAGAAGGAGAAGUACCGCUACGAGCAACGGCUGCUGGCUGCUAGGGCACACGCCAUGUCGCUGCGCAAGGUGUCGCCGCCGCCACUACCACUUCCAACACAGAACUGCAUGACCAUGGGCUGGGACCUGGUGAUCAUGCUGCUGAAGGCAACACGCACAAACAAUCCAGAGCAGUACGAACAGGCAUUACAGAUGGUGAAGGACAACUUGAAGCCCCUCAAGCCCACCGCCUACUCGGACAGCAUGUACCUUGCACCGUCCGCGUCAUCGGCUUUCAACCUUCUGAGUGACUGUCUCGGAGACCUUGCUUACCCGGUAAAAGAAGACGAUUCUGGAGGCGAAAUGCGCAUCGGAGCUCGAACGAUCGAGACAUUGGCUGAGGUGGGGCUUGCCCGCGGCUCACUUGCUACCAUGCUCUUUGUGGUACUGUGGCUAAUGAAACAACCACCUACGAGUGCGGUGAACUUGGAGAUGUCGAUCGCAAAACUUGCUGCGCUCAAAGAGCAACCUAUGUACGGCAAGUGCGAAGCCUCCGGUGAACUUUACAGUUGUGGACAGAACUCGUAUGGAGAGCUAGGCACGGGCGAUGAUAUCGAGCGGCAUCAGCUCACCAGCGUCUCGCUCUGUGGAUGGGACGACAUUCGCCAAGUGGUUAGUGGAAACGAGACACUGGCGGUUCUCACGAACGAAGGUGUCGUGCUAACAUGCGGACUGAACAAAAGCGGCCAGUGUGGCCAGGGGCACUUCGACGAGCGAGUGAUGAUGCUCCGUCCUGUACAGGCACUGCGGUCCCAGCGAGUGAAGUUUAUCGCUGCAAGUAACGGGUGUGAGCACAUGAUCGCACUAACGGACACCGGACUAGCGUACUCAUGGGGAUACAAUGACAGAGGACAGUUGGGUCAUGAAAACUUGGCCACCAAGAUUCACGUUCCCAAGUUGAUCGAGUCAUUGAAGGACAAAAAGCUUGGAUUCGCCUCCGUGAGUUACCACCACAGCGCAGUGAUCACGGAUGCAGGAGAGCUCUACACGUUCGGAAUGAACGAUUGUGGACAACUAGGUCUCGACCACACGCAACAUCAAUCGACACCGCAACUGGUAAAGAGCCUCGAAGCCACCGAGGUAUCCAUGGUGGCUUGUGGGUUGUACCAUACAAUCAUUUGUACGGCCGCAGGGGAACUCUUUACUUGCGGGAAGAAUGACUACGGACAGCUAGGCUUAGCUCACAACCGCCAGAUCAAGCUACCCACACUUGUUGCGCUUCCGAACGAGAUGGUCAGCUUCGUUGCAUGCGGAUACUACCACUCUGUUGUCGUUAGCACCGGUGGCCGGGCCUUUUCAUUUGGGAGAAACGAUUAUGGGCAGCUAGGCAUCGGCAGCAAGGUCCACCAGAAUGUUCCAAACGUCGUCGCUCUGUCGUCCAACACUCGGAUGGUGCGAGCUACCUGUGGUUGCUACCACACAGUUCUGCUGUCCGAACAGGGACAAGUUUACGUGUUUGGAAGGAAUAACAAGGGACAGCUUGGCAACCGUGGCAGUGCUGACGCAUUGCUCCCAGUUCCACUGAAAGUUCGUCCGGAGAAAAAUUCUCGUCGAUGUGUGGAUGUUGCUGCCGGGUUUUAUACCACGUCAUUAAUUGUGGAGCGCAAACGUGAAAACGAUGAUGGUGACGUCAUAAUGCUAGACCAGAGCUGUGUCGUUCCAGUCUGCGGUCGUGUCGACAUUGACCGGUCGGGAGAGAUUGAGGGGCUAAGCAACUUCGGCUCAAUAUCAACAAUUGGCGUGUCGCUAUUCCGAGGCAAGUGGUUUUACGAGGUAGAAGUGGUGACAAGCGGCUUGAUUCAAGUUGGAUGGAUUGACGGCUACUUCCAGGGGAGCUCGGACCAAGGGGAGGGCGUCGGUGACCAUGCUCAUUCGUGGUCCUACGACGGCAACCGCCAACGCCGCUGGAACAGUGGAUCAUCUUCGUACGGAGAAAAAUGGAGAGCCGGUGAUAUCAUUGGUUGCCUGCUUGACUUGAACACUCAAGAAAUGACGUUUUAUCGGAAUGGAGUCAACUUGGGCGUUGCAUACUCUGAAUUCAAGUGCUCUGCAGAGGAUAAGCGAUCAGGAAUGAUGCCUGGUAUCAGUCUUGAACGUGGUGAAAUCAUCCGCAUCAACCUUGGCCACCAUCCUUUUGCUUACCCGCCGGCUGUCGGGCACGACUUCGAGAGCAUUUCGCGAGCUGUGACGAUGCCUCCAUCGAAUGCAGUUGUUCAGUCAACCGUGGAUGUUGCAUUAGAAGGAAUGCCAGUGCAGCCCCCACCGCUAGAGGGAUCCGCCUCAGCCUUGAUUGGGAACAAACUGUUUGUUGUUGGUGGGAUGGUGGUCAAUAAUGCUCCAGCAACCCAACCCAGCGAACCUACAAACCAAGUGUGGGUAUACGAUACAGAAACAAAAAGCUGGGAUAGAUGGACUGAUUUCCCGAUUGGAAUUUGGCAUCACCAAAUUGUGACCAUCGAUGACGACCAACUACUUGUCCUUGGUGGCGAGAACAAUUGUGCAGCAUCGCGGCACAUGGAUCUGUAUAAAUGUUCUACCGUGAAGAAUGCGGAUGGCUCGCUCCCAGCCUGGACAUUGAUUCAAGCUGCCAUUGGCGCAGCAACAUCGAUGCCGCAAGCCCGUGCAUUUCACACAGCCACAACAAUCCGUGUCCGCCUCGACACAAUUGUGUUCAUGUACGGUGGAAAAUCGAUCGAGAACGAAAUGCUCGGAGAUGCGUGGUACCUAUCUCUGGAUGAUUUCGCUUGGUCACGACUACCUAGUUCGGUGUCACUAGAUCCUGGCCCUAGAAUUGGAUGCUCCUCUACAGUCAUUGGGGAGUGCGCCUUUGAUUCUGCCGUAUGCUUGCUGUCCCAUCUCGAUCGCUUGGCUGGAAAUGAUAUCCCUGGGGAUGAUGCAGACUCGGUUCAGCUCUCACGGUGUCUGUAUCGAUCUCUCUGUAUCGACCCGAAAGAAAUGACGUUUUCGGCCUUGUACUUGCUGCUUGAAAACAUAACGUCACGCUUCUUUGGAUUGGAUGAAUUACGUGAAGACGCCAGUGCACCGCUGAUAACCCAUGUUUUGUAUCCGAUGCUUGUGGCUAUUAAGCUCCUGAAGCUCAACUUCUUCGAGUUUUCUCGAAGUUGCUUGGACGGAUCAGAGAUUGGAUUACCGCCUGCAGCAUCUCAGCCUGGAGGGGUUCUUUGUUCAAUUCGUGAGAUUCUCUUUUCAAUUGCAGAUCACGUGUCAAAGUUGCCGCUCUCUGGAGAAGCGCUUUGGUUUUAUCACGCAGUGAAACAAGAGACGGCAUCGGCAAUCUGCUAUGGAUUUUCAACUUUGUUCCCCUCUCUCAUGGACAAGUUGCAGGUCAUGAACCGCUUACUGGUGAGCAAGUGCAAGUCCGAAACCGAGUUGACUCCAGCACAGAAACUAUUGAUUCCCAUGCUUGUCCCGGGCUUCACGUCAGCAAAGAUGCUUUUCCAACUCAUGACCGACCCUGAUAUGCUGUUCAAAGCGGACGGUUCAUCGGAUGCUGUUGUUACCGAAACUGUGAUAACAUUCAUGAGCACGCUGCUGGAUGGACUCUGGGAGCAAACGAAUGACGUCGUGAAGAGUUCGUCACGAGAUCCAGCUGAUCUCAUGAAACGCUUAGACGCUAUUGAGAUGCGCCAUGAGUUUAAGUGCCUCAACAUCAUGCUGCGCGCGACGAUAUUCUGGUGUUCGUGUUCCACCAGUAGAGGCUGGGUGAUCAUCGAAUCGAUCUGCACGAAGUUGAUUCGUCGGGUAACUAUUCCCUUAGAUCUCGCGAAGCUCUUUGGGACGGAGACAUUGCUCGUGAAAGUUUCAAAGGCUGGAAGUGAGUCUGGUAUGUUGGAGUAUGACCCACGAAAAGUUACAUUCUCCCCUAGUCGGACUAUUCUUUCACAGCACAUCUAUCCUUUGAGUGACGGACCUUUGCCGGUACCUGGUAAAGCUGAGAUUGACGUAGGACCGCCUCCAGCACCGCAGUCACUACUCACACAGCACGCUUCACCAAAACCACGUUGCACCGACAAAACCACUGUAAAAGGCCACGAGUGGCUCAAAGAUCUGCAAAAGGUUUUAGCCUGGAUCGGAAGUCACUACGCUGCCACCUUAAUUGUCGGUGGUGAAUUGGAUAACAACGUUGCUGUUAGUGACCGAUGGUUGCAUUCUCCGCUAUUCCGGGGUGGACUAGAAGAAAUGUGGACUGGGCCAGAAAAUGAGAACAAUCACGUUGGUCGCAAUGAGGAGUUUUUGCUUCAAGUGGUGGACAACGUUGGGAACGGCAAAAAACUCUUGGAUAAAGUGCGAAAUGCUGUGGAUCCGGGAUCGGCCCAAGGCGGUGCAAAUCCGCAGCUUCGUGUUGCGAGGUUGAAGAGGCAAGAUAGCGUGGAAGCGACACUUGAGAAGAGUGGUGGGAUCGAGGCAGUGGAUCGUGCUGUUCGUGCGACUUUUGCAGCGCUUCUGAAGCAUACCAAUAUCUCGUACACGACUGAGCCCAUUUCAAACGAAGGGGCCCUAGCUGAAACGGUUGUGGACGCCUGGAAGGCUGCGCUACAAUUGCGUCGCUGGAUCGUGAGAGAGCAACAGAAGUUGGCUGCAGCCUUCAGGUAG